AUGUGGACGAGUCGUAACAAUAGUCUUUGUCCACACGUUUUGUGUCGAGAAUUUGACUUAACAAAACAAAUUAAGAAAAUAAAUAUUUAAGGGAAACCAUUUAGGCCAAGCCAGCUAGUUCGGGUCGCCAUUUUGUGGCUGCUCUCUCGCAAAGAAGCCGAACUCGACCUUCCACUGUGGCCAACAGCAACCUGACGGCAAGGCACGACUCCCCGAGGGGCUGGAGGUAACGAUGUCUCCAGGUGUGUCUGACUCCUUUGCCUUUGCGGAAAGGGAUACCAAACCUUCAGAGCCGAGCUGUAAAGCUGUGCACAUCUGCAGUGACAUCGAGCAGAAACACAUCAAGAUUAUCAUUCGCCGCUUCCAUAUCAACGAUCAACGGGUUUUUUCAUGGGAUCAUCAAUCCGGGACAAAACGUGAUGCAGAUUCGCUAUGCGAGGGAGAAGACAAGUUCACGACGACGCCAAAGAAAAGAAAACCACAAGAUGAGGUGAAGAGCGACGGUGACUCAUGGGUCCCUGAGCUCGGCCUACAAGCCAAAGACCGUACGAUCCUCGUGGAUGGCGAGUGGCUCACAGACAAUCACAUCGUAGCCGGUCAGCGGCUUCUGAGCCGCCAGUUCCCGGCCCUUGAGGGGCUUCAGGAGCCCGUACUCGGCAAUGUCCUCCAGUUCAAACCCAUCGUCUCAGACGGUGUUCAGGUGAUGCAGAACGGCAACAACCACUGGGUCACGCUCUUCAAGACCGGGGAAAAGAUCAUCAAGGUGAUGGACAGCAAAAACAUGGGUCUGACACGACAGCUGACUCACCAGGUGAUCAACCUCUGUGAGGGAGACGACAACACCGGGGCGUGGGAGGUGCGACUACCGAGGAUGCACCGGCAGAGAGGGUCCAGUGACUGCGGGGUAUUCGCCCUGGCGUACGCUACCGAGCUGGCCUUCAAGGGCGACCCGGAGAUUGUGGUGUAUGAGCAGAAAAGGCUGAGACAGCAUCUUAAAGACUGCCUGGAGGCUAUGGAGAUGUCACCGUUCCCUAAGAAGGCCUGCAAGGAGAGAACUCCGAGAGAGAUCGGGAAGAGGACGCAGAUAGUCAAGAAAAUGAUCCCAACCUUCCCGUCCCCCAUUGCAUCGACAGCUGGCUUCGAAAGAUCGCCGUGACGACGUGGCUUAUAAUAUUCGAACCGUCGGUCGCCUCAGAAAACUAUACGGCUUGCUUGCGUUGUUCUUUAGGCCUAGGUGUUAUUCCACUGCCUGCCACUAUCGACUAAUCGAUACAUGAUUUAAUCUGAAGUUAAGUAAAGCGAAAUGGAAUGUUAUCGAAAAAUCGAUCACUUUGAAAAAGGAGAUUACAAGUGUAGAUGAAGAAAGGACGGAUUAAGAAGUUGUAAUCGGUAUAUUGGAAUCGCAUGACUCUGAUGGGUCGUUAUCAUGAGUUGAAAUAAGGACACAAUAACGUUAUUUGUUCCCAACCUAUUUUAGAAAGUUUCAAUUUCUAGUUGGGUCUUAGGUUGGUUUGUUCAACACUAGUGGGCAGAUGUCCUUAAAAGUAGGGCUACAUGUAGUCAAAUGUUUCGAUUUGAAAGUUGUGUUUAAAAUACUGUAGUUGGUUGCUAUGGAAAUUAUGUUGGGUGUGUACAAAGAUGAACUAAUUAAUGUCUCAUAAGAUUUGAUUGGUUCAAACGCUGCAUUGUUUGAUGCAUAGUGCACACUUUCAGAUAAUCCACGUUCCUCUUUCUUGCUUCGAAACCAAACAAUAUGGGGGCCUAUACUAGUAGCUGGUUGAAACAACUUCACAUUUAAAGAAGAAUGGACAUAAUUUUAAAAGCAGUGGACACUAUUGGUGAUUACUCAAAAUAAUUAUUAGCACAUAACCUAACUUGGUAACGAGUA